AUGGACUCCAUUGUGGCUGAAGUGCGCGCCCAGUAUGAGGACAUCGCCAACACGCAGCAGAGCCCGAGGCCGAGACAUGGUACAAGCAGAAGGUAUGAGGAGACUUCAGUAUAUUUCUAUGGAUUUCCUAUAAAUGAGAGGUGCAGUAAAGUAUAAUACAUAGGCUUUACACUGACUAAUGACUGUGGCCAAUCCUGUCUUCCUUCAGUUUGAGGAGAUGCAGUCCCCUCUGCAAGGACAACAUGGUGAAGAUCUGCCAAACACCAAGUCAGAGAUUGCCGAGCUGAACCGCAUGAUCAGCCGUCUCCGAAACGAGAUCGAAAACGUCAAGGGACAGGUAUGUUCAGUAGGCUGGCAAAUGACUGUCAAUUCAAAAUAGCAUCAGGUCUGGCACACCACUAAUAUUCAAUAUAAGUUAAAAUCUCAGUCUAUUUCUGAUCUUGUCCCUUUUCUUUACCUCGUAGCGUUCUAAGAACCCUGAAGGCCAGUGUAUCACAGCACUAAUCAUGUGGGACAUG